AUGUUGAAUAAUGAUAAUAAAGAAGUAACAACUAUUAUUAAUUUUGAUAAUGAUUGGCGUUAUAUUCGUUUAUCAAAUACAUCUUCAUAUGAUAAUGAAUUUAUUUUAUUUUCAUAUAAUGACCAAGAUUGGACAAAUAUUCAAUUACCACAUUAUGAUAAUAGUAAAUCACAAAAAUUUACUUCAAUAUGUGUUUCAUAUUGGUAUAGAAAACGAUUUAGUUUAAAAGAAAUAUUUGAUAAAGAUCAAUAUGUUUAUUUACAUUUCGAAUUCAUGUCUAAAAAUAAUAAACAAGAUAAUAAUGAAUUAGAUAUAAAGAUACCUGCUAUUACAAUAUGGUUAAAUGAAAAUAAAAUUUUUUCUGAUACAUUAUCACAGCCAAUUAGCCUAACGAAAUAUUUAAAACAUGAUCAAGAAAAUGUACUUGUUAUUUAUUCUAAACAUGGAUAUCGACUUUGUUUACAUGCUCGUUUACUUUUACAACGUCAUUUAUCUGGUCAAGUUGAUCUGGAUGAACCUGAGGAAAAUAUAACAAAAAAAGAGCAAAGAAAAACACUUCAUUAUAUGGCAAGUUUUGAUGAUUCCGAUGGACUUAUUGCUGUUUUUAUUAAUUCAUUAACGAAAUACGUUGACGACAAUAAUAUUGAUAUUGAAGAUCAUAAACAUCCAAAUUCUCAUGAUACAAAUAAAAAAUUAAAUAACAUUGAAGAUGUGGAAAUGGCACCUAUAUUAAAUGAUCCAAUACCUCGUCUUGCUAUUUUAAUGCUUAUUGUUGGUACACGUGGUGAUGUUCAACCAUUUAUUGCUCUUGCUAAAGCACUUCUUGCAUAUGGUCAUCGAGUUCGUCUUGCAACACAU